UGGUAAUUUGUAGACUGUAGUUAGAAAAAUAUUGUAACCAGUGUAAUAAAUAGUGAAUUGGUUAAAUUGGAAUAAUAAUUAUUAAUUUGGAUUUAUUAUAGGUGAAUUUGAAAUGCAAUUCACUGCGAAUCAAGUUCGAUUGCAAAUGUUUUAAAACAUUUGUAUAUUUAAUACAACAAAUAGGUAAUUUGUUCAAAAUGAGCCUUGUUGGAAAGAAGUGCGAAUCAAUAACGCUUCUUGAAUCAAACAGGCAGGAAAUUUUAAGUGAAGUAACACCUGAUGAUGUUCUUAAGUUAGAUAAAAUAACGGAGACUUAUUUAUGUAGCCCUGAAGCAAAUGUAUACGAUAUAGAUUUUACGAGAUUUAAAAUAAGGGACUUGGAAACGGGAACUGUCUUGUUUGAGAUUGCUAAGCCCCCGACAGAUUUUGGGGUGGAUAAUGAGGGCACAGAGGAUGGAUCUGAUGAACCACUCGAUCCUAAUGCAGGGAGAUUUGUGCGGUAUCAAUUUACACCACAAUUUUUAAAAUUACGAACUGUUGGUGCUACGGUCGAGUUCACUGUUGGUGCAAGGCCAGUAAACCAUUUUAGAAUGAUCGAGAAGCAUUUUUUUAGAGACACUUUACUGAAGACAUUUGAUUUUGAAUUUGGAUUCUGUAUUCCAUUUUCUAAAAAUACAUGUGAACACAUCUACGAAUUUCCAACUUUGCCUUCAGAUCUUGUUGAAGAAAUGAUUGCAGGUCCGUUUGAAACAUGUUCUGACAGCUUUUACUUUGUUGAUAAUCAUCUUGUGAUGCACAAUAAGGCUGACUAUGCCUAUAAUGGAGGUAUAAACAAUUGAAAUACUUAGUCAUACAUUUUUAACUUGGCACUAAAAUGUACUAUUGUACUUAUUUAUUCACAAAAUAUGUUUUCAAAUGUGUGAUAUUUUAUAAAGUCAACAUGGUAAAUAGGCUUUUGGUUUGUGUUUUAAUGAGACGGGAUACAAAAAUUAACUUUUUAUUAAAUAUUCUAUUAAUUCUAUUAAUUUCAGUAACAACAAAUAGAUAGAAUUAUAUAACAUUCCAACAACUAAUAUUUAAAAAAAGCAAAAAAAAUUGUUUAUCAAUUAUUAUAAUAGUAGAUGUGUUCAUAAUAUUAAAAAAUAGAUGUGUAAUACAACUGAUCUCCACAUUAGAAAUCUAUAAAAUACUUUUUGCAUUUAUUGUAUUUUGUACAAGUAGUGUGUAAAAUUCAACAAUUUAGAUUUUAUUAGUAUAAUUUCAAUUCCAAAUUGAAUUUUUUUUUAAAUUAAAAAGAAGUCUAUUAAAAUACAAAUUUAAAUUAUUUCCACAAAAUGUUUGGAGUCACUGUUGUUCUUUCUUACACAUAAGCACUUAAGUUUGUCACUUUUUACACACCAUUUGUAUUAAUUUAGAUUGUAAGCAAGAAUUUAUACUUUAAAUUAUCUAGUCAUUUUGAUGUUUGCUUUAUUUGUAUGAAUAGAGGAUGAAAUGGUAUAUAAGAAAAUGUGUGAUUAAGUACAGGGAGUGAGAAUUAUAUAGAAAAUCAAUUUCGGUAUUUUUCGCGACUGUAUAAUGUAUGUCAAUAAACAAAAGUAAGAAAUUGAAUGAAUACCAUUGAGGUAUUAUUACUAUUUACUACGUAUAGAGAGGACACCACAAACAAAAUCUGUGCGACAAUCGCGGCGGUGCGGGGCGCGCGUGGGGCGGCUAGUUAGUCAUAGAUAGAAGCGAUGUUUGAGACGCUUCGCUCUAACUCGUGUUACAAAUAGUGUAGUAGCGAUGCCCUCUCUAGUACGUAGUAACUCAAUGAUGAAUACUACAGUUCUAUAUAAAUACAAACUUAAUGGCUGUUCGGAAGUUAGCUGCGAAUGCACGAGCGCGCAGGUAUCCGUUAAGUGUUAACGUUCCGGUAAUAUCUAAAAUCGUUUUCUGCGCAUCAGAUCGUUCGAUGUUCCGAUAAUAAAUGAGAUUAGCCAUUAGUUUCAAAUUUCAAUUGUACUGGUACUUUAACGUUGUCUUAAUUACUUUGUGUCACUCCUACAAAAAAAAUUGUUUAAUUUUAUGAAAGCACAUAACGAUUAAAUAUUGUAAUGUGUGUGAAAAUUCCUACUUACAUUUAUUUGUAAUUUAUAAUGGCAAAAUUGAAAAUAGUUACAAGGCCUACUUUUCUCUUGUUUUGAUGUACGGCAAAUUUAAAUAUAUGUAAAAACUAAGAUCUGAUCGAUCUUAAAAUGCCGUCCAUCGGCUUGUUUAACAAGUCACGCUUUAAAUUGAAUUUUAAUACAUAUUUACCGAGAAAAUGUGUUCAAAUCCUUUUGUUUAAUAACUAUGAAUAAUUAUAAAAAUGUUAAAGUUCAGGUGUAUUGUGGAGUCGAUGUUCACUUUGAAAGUAGAACAUUAAAAAGCUUGUAAUUUUAGAGGGGAUAAAAUAAAAAAUAUCAAUUGAAAAAAGUUUAUUUUAUUUACUUAUCACAUCAGUACACUGAUCAUUACAAAGUAGAAAAUAAAUAUGCUUACCGCUGUCUGCCCCUACUAAUGAAAACUCAAUAUUGCUGGACGCCUCACGAAGCAGGCGCGGGCCGCGCGGGUCAGUUAGUUAUCGUUACAUGUCGUAGUAGUUAGGAAAUAAUAAUAUUUUGGUGUAUUACAUAUUUUCAUAAUGUAAAGAAAAGCAUACAAUAGUAGGUAUAGUCCGAUAGGCGUAACCAGCUUUGCUAAGUGUGUGUGCAAAAAUUGUAGUAGGUAAUCCAGGGCUCAUAGAAAAUUUCCACUCUAGCUGCUAGGUAGAGAGGCUUCCGCCAGUGCAAACCUAAUCAAAUUCAGU